AUGGGGCAGCCUUGGGCGGCUGGGCGAGCCGAGGGGACGUCCGGGAGGCUGCCUCUCGUGCUCACGGCGCUGUGGGCCGCCGCUGUGGGCCUGGAGCUGGCUUACGUGCUGGUGCUGGGUCCUGGGCCUCCCCCUCUGGGACCCCUGGCUCGGGCCUUGCAGCUCGCACUAGCCGCCUUCCAGCUGCUUAACCUGCUGGGCAACGUGGGGCUCUUCCUGCGCUCGGAUCCCAGCAUCCGGGGCGUGAUGCUGGCCGGCCGCGGUCUGGGCCAGGGCUGGGCCUACUGCUACCAGUGCCAAAGCCAAGUGCCGCCGCGCAGUGGGCACUGCUCAGCCUGCCACAUCUGCAUCCUGCGCCGGGACCACCACUGCCGCCUGCUGGGCCGCUGCGUGGGCUUCCGCAACUACCGGCCUUUCCUGUGUCUGCUGCUUCAUGCUGCCGGUGUCCUGCUCCACGUCUCUGUGCUGCUGGGCCCUGCCCUGACAGCCCUGCUGCAAGCCCACUCACCUCUUCACACCGCCGCCCUCCUCCUGCUGCCCUGGCUCAUGCUGCUCACAGGCAGAGUGUCUCUGGCACAGUUUGCCCUGGCCUUCGUGACGGACACGUGUGUGGCGGGUGCACUGUUGUGUGGGGCUGGGCUGCUCUUCCAUGGGAUGCUGCUGCUGCGGGGUCAGACCACGUGGGAGUGGGCUCGGGGUCAGCACUCCUAUGACCUGGGCCCCUGCCACAACCUUCAGGCAGCCCUGGGGCCCCGCUGGGUCCUCGUCUGGCUCUGGCCCUUCCUGUCCUCCCCGUUGCCUGGCGAUGGGAUCACCUUCCAGAGCACAGCUGAUGUGGGACUCACGGCUUCCUGACUCCAGGAAGAGCCUCAGCUGUAUGGGAUGGAGGGGAGGGAUGGGGGCUAAUGACUCGUUUCCAGCUUCACCCCCAGCCUCAGCAGGGAAGUUGGGUUGGCCUUUAAUGCCUGCAGUGGGCAACUCACGCCCCUUCCUUGGCCUUGCCCCUGCUCAGCUUGGACUCCUGCGACUGUGCCUCUUUUGGCAGAGGAGUACAGAGGAGGGUCUGGCAAGGGGCUGUCGGCCAGCCUAGCUGCCCCUCUGCCAGAUUAAUAAAGUGCUGACUUGGUUUUUGGCCUCCCUCCAUCUUCGCUGAGUUUCUGGUCCCUCACUUUGUUGCUGGGGCUGCCAUUGAUGGUUCCUCUGAUUGUCAGGCCUAGAAACCACAGAACGCCCAAGAGUCCAAGGGGCCAGGGCUCUCUCUCCUCUGGCCUUGGCGGUGAGCAAGUGGGGGCACCAGGCUAUGAGGACCCAAACACCCUUUCCCUGGUUCAGCACUUGGUAGUUGGGAGCAUUUCUGCAACAGCAGUUUCAUGGAACCGCUCUUGGCUAACCCGGUAGAGUGGGCAGCAGUUAUGCGCCUUAUUUGGGGGGUGAGAAACUUGAAGCUCUGAGAGUUGAUGUGAUCAGAUUAUGGGAUGGUAAAUGGGGGAGGCAGGAUUUGAACCAGGUCUUUGUGCUUUCCCCUUCACCCUUGCACAGCUGAAGGAACGAGUAGGAGAAAGAUCAAGGCAAAGCAAUCAGCUGGGGGUAUUCAAGCUUCUGUGAAGGGUGGUGCGGAGGGAUCCGCUUGCUUCUCUGGACUCUUCAGGAGCUGCGUGUUGCACAUUUUUAUGUAAAUAUGGUAAACACACUGCCAGUUAAACAUGGCAGGCUUAAACACAUGAGUUUAUUUCUGUUUCCUCUUAGAAUCUCACUAAAAUGAUAGUAAAGAAAUAAAAAAGAUAUAAAUUUACAUCGGGAAAGAAUAUAGGAAGGGAGACAGCAGUAGACCAAAGAGCCUGUCAACGUUUUGAGAGAUGGAAAGUGGAUGGAGGCUUGUUUACUCUCUUAGCAGAGAAUUAGAAGUUGAAAUUACGUGUUCCCCAAGGGAGGGGCCGAGGCAAGCAGGCUCGCCCCCAGAGCUGUGGAGAGGCUCAGGAACUGUCAAGCAGCACGGAAAGUGAGAUGAGGCUUCAGACCAAGAGUGGGGACUCACGGGGAGUGUUAAAAGGAGCAGCCAGGUGUGCCCUCCCCACACUUGCAGCACAGCUGCUGCCCCUCUGGGGGGCGUUAUUUGAAGGGGAAACUGAAGCAGAGAAGCUCUGGGUCUCACGGGCACUGGGGAGGGUAAGGGUGAUGGGCUGCACCAAUAAUGGGGUUAAGUGAAAAGUCCACAGAUACUGUUGGGGGAUCCUUCCGUGAAAUGGCAGCCUUGUCCCGCAAGAACCCCCAGAGGAGCCCACCCUCCUGACAGGCUCUGCCCAUGCCCACAGAGGUUUGUUCCUUCCCAAGGGCAUGUCUGGCACUUCGUGCUGUACGUAAGCAUUAGCAGACUUGUCCUGUGGCCUCCUCUGCUUCACCCCUCACCCUCCAGAAUCUUAUUUUCAUGUUUUUAAAAACUAAAUAGUGAGGACAUAGAAGAAAAUAGUUAUAACCCUAACCUGUUUGAGAAAGUUAUCAUUGCCUUCCAAGUCCCUGCUGUGCCUUCCCUGCUGGGAGGGGUCCUGUCUUACUCAUUCCCUUGCUUUGUUUUAUAGCUUAAUUACGUUCAUACUGGGUUUGCAUAUUUUUGAAUUUUAUAUAAAUGUAGAGUUUAUUUGCCUAUGACUUGCCCUGUCACUAUUAUGUUUGAGCUGUAUCCAAAUUAUUGCCUGCAGCUGUAGGGCAUUUCUUUUCCCCGCUGAAUACCGAUCCCUGGAAUAUGCCACAAUUAAUUUUUCUGUUUUGUUCCACUGGUCAUUUUAUCUACCCCUGUGUCCUUUGGGAAUCAUCCAUUAAGAUCUAUUCUUGGCCCUUGCUCUUCCAUGUAAAUUUUAGAAUCGGCUUAUCAAGUUUCACCAAUAAAAACCCCUUUAAGAUUGUAAAUAAAACCAAUUGAAUCUGUAGCUCAGUUUGGGGAAAACUGGCAACUAUCUAA